GGGGAGGGGAGUGGCGGUGGUGGCGGCGGCGGCGGCGGCGGGCGGCUCCCGCCUCAGCCUCGGCAGUGGCGUCGGCGACGGCGGAGUCGAAGCAGCCGCGAGUGCUCGGCUGAGUGUCAGCCGGCGGUGACGGCUCAAGAACUGGGAGUUAGGGACGCGCGCACCGGACCUUCCGCCGCCGCCGCCGCGCCUGCCGCCGCCGCCCACAGCCUGAGGCGCCGGGGCCGGGGGAGCCGGGGGGCCGGAGAGCGAGCGGGCCGGGGGGAGGGUGGGGGAUGGCGCGGACCCCGGGGCCGGCUCCGCUGUGUCCCGGAGGCGGCAAAGCACAACUUUCCUCCGCUUCUCCCCCCGGGGCCGGGCUCCUGCUGCCGCCCCCGACGCCACCGCCGCUGCUGCUGCUGCUCUUCCCGCUGCUGCUCUUCUCCCGGCUCUGUGGUGCCUUAGCUGGACCAGUUAUUGUGGAGCCACAUGUCACAGCAGUAUGGGGAAAGAAUGUUUCGCUGAAGUGUUUAAUUGAAGGAAAUGAGACUAUAACACAAAUUUUAUGGGAGAAGAUACAUGGCAAAAGUGCACAGACUGUUGCAGUUCAUCAUCCUCAAUAUGGAUUCUCUGUUCAAGGAGACUAUCAGGGAAGAGUCUUGUUUAAAAACUAUUCACUUAAUGAUGCAACAAUUACUCUACAUAACAUAGGAUUCUCUGAUUCUGGACAAUAUAUAUGCAAAGCUGUUACAUUCCCACUUGGAAAUGCUCAGUCCUCUACAACUGUAACUGUAUUAGUUGAACCCACUGUGAGCCUGAUAAAAGGGCCAGAUUCUUUAAUUGAUGGAGGAAAUGAAACAGUAGCAGCCAUUUGUAUCGCAGCCACUGGAAAACCAGUUGCACAUAUUGAUUGGGAAGGUGAUCUUGGCGAAAUGGAAUCCACUACGACUUCUUUUCCAAAUGAAACAGCAACAAUUGUCAGCCAAUACAAGCUUUUUCCUACCAGAUUUGCUAGAGGAAGGCGGAUUACUUGUGUUGUAAAACAUCCAGCCUUGGAAAAGGACAUCCGAUAUUCUUUCAUAUUAGACAUACAGUACGCUCCUGAGGUUUCAGUAACAGGCUAUGAUGGAAACUGGUUUGUAGGAAGAAAAGGUGUUAAUCUCAAGUGUAAUGCUGAUGCAAAUCCACCACCCUUCAAAUCUGUGUGGAGCAGGUUGGAUGGACAGUGGCCUGAUGGUUUAUUGGCUUCAGACAAUACUCUUCAUUUUGUCCAUCCACUGACUUUCAAUUAUUCUGGUGUUUAUGUCUGUAAAGUGACCAAUUCCCUUGGUCAAAGAAGUGAUCAAAAGGUCAUCUAUAUUUCAGAGGUUCCACUUAAGCAGACCUCUUCUAUAGCUGUAGCUGGAGCUGUAAUUGGAGCUGUCCUUGCCCUUUUCAUCAUUGCCAUCUUUGUGACUGUGCUGUUGACUCCUCGAAAAAAGAGACCAUCCUACCUUGACAAAGUGAUCGACCUUCCACCCACACAUAAACCACCUCCUGUGUAUGAAGGACAGUCCCCCCCUUUGCCUCAGAAAGACCUUCUAUAUCAGACUGAACACUUGCCUCUGCAGACUCAGUUCAAAGGAAGAGAGGCUGGCGGUCUCCAGCGCCCUAAUGGACUGAAUAGCAGAAGAUUUGACUAUGAAGAUGAGAAUCCAGUGGGGGAAGAUGGGAUUCAGCAGAUGUACCCCCUCUACAAUCAGAUAUGCUCCCAAGACGGGAGUCCUGGCAAAUAUCAUCCAAGCCGUGACCUGGAGAGAGUCUACAUCAACCCACGGGAACAUUACGUGUGAUUGUCCUCUUUCUCCAGUGGUGUUCUAACAAAUGUUUAUUCUUAGAUUGAGGGAGAGAAACUGAGGCCAAUAGGUAUGAUUUUAUUCUGUCUCAUAUAAAACAAUCCCAGUCUAAGUGUAUCAGAAGUCGUGAUGAAUGACUUGGAGCCAAUAGCACAUUUCUUCCUUUUAUUAAGAGUUUCUUAAUCACCAGCUGUGUUUGUGAACUUGACUCUAGCUUUGUGUGUUUCUGUGAUGAUGGUGUUUAACUACUAACAUUUGGCCUACAAUGGCAUGUUCAUUUAAAAGUAGAGCAUCUGCCUGGGAUGACAGCGGUGAUUCUCCGGAACGAAAGGCCCCAGCUGGGAGUAUUAACCUCACUGGGUCUCAGGCAGACCAGCCUGUUCAUCUGUAACUCAAAUGGGCAGGAAAAGGAGCUCAAAAUCCAUCUCACUAAUUAUUUAGUUGGGAUUUGGCUUUUCCUGACAUGCUUAAUACAAUUACAAUACCUACUUACAAACAGGAGGCCUGAGAAAAGAGGCAGAAUUUGUUGUUUAUCCCAGAAACAAUAACAAAAGGCAGUUCAGACCUUCAAGUCUGUUGGUUUCUUUUAGACUCUUGUGAUAUUGUAAUAUGCAUUCCUUCUUGAUCACCAAGGUCCUGAGGGAUGCAUAUUUCUUGCUAUUAUCGGCCUAGUCUUGAUGAGCUGUGUGCUAACCAGGGUUCUUCUCUUACUCGGUCAUUGUUCCCACAGUUGUGUUCUUUAUAGUCCAGAUUAGCCUAUUUCCCACCUAUUAAAUUCUAGAAGCCCUGUCUAAAUGGUGGGCAGCCUUGAGCCUUGAGCCCUCUUUUCUGUGGUGUUGUAUAUGACAGGCUCAGCUUUCACUACUGAAACUUCUUUCAAACUAAUCCUAUGCACACAGGCUUUGGCUACCCUUUGCAUUCUUCAGACUUUUUAUUGUCUGUGUUUUAUCUACCUCAGAAAAAAGCCUGCUGGAAAAUCACCAUGAAAUAACCCCUAGUCUUAAAACCCAGGUAGAGAAUUUGAAAACCUAAAAAAACAAAAAGCGCCUUUAAUAUGGCAUAUGUGCUAAACCCACAUGUGGUCCUUGAUCCCUCUUGCCCUACUUUAACUGGUCAAUAAUAAGAGUAAAGAGGUACUAAAACGCAAAUAAUACAGUGACUGACUUACCAGUCUGGAGUUUUCUCACUUCCCUUUGCCAGCUUUUCCUCGAUGAGCUUGAAGGUAGCAAUUAUAGUGGGGUGAGCAGAGGAAGGAACACAGGUACAUGUGCAAGUGUCAAUCAUCUGCCCUCGUAUCUUAAGGAAAGCAUUGCUUUACUAUGUGUUCUGGAAGAUUAUGGGUCUGUCACAGAUAUAAAAAACACUGCAGACUUGUCAUGUAUUAGGAAAGAGUGACAUGAGCACUAAAAUAAAAUAGUACACAUUUCCAACCUAAGCUUCAAGGGAAUAGGAGAAUAUUAACAUAGAUUUCUAAUGGGAUACCAAAGAUACAUUAUGAUUCACAUUUUGCUGGCUCUAGUUCUUGCUUGUGUGUUUGUUUCCUUUCUUCAGUUACCAUGCUUUGUCAGACAAAUUAUCCAGGUUGUUCUACAGUAGUAAUACACCACCCCCCUCCAUUACCUGGGUGACCAGCAAUUCUGUAAAAGAUGAUAGUUACAUGGAAUCAAAGGGUAAAUUCCAAGGACCAUCAUUGCUGUUUCACUAUGUUACCUCAGAGUUAGUGUACCGCCCUUGCUAGCAAGCUGACACAGAAAGAAGAUAUCUGACUUUAUUACUUGGAAUCCCAUCAGUGAGUUACUGUAACUGAAGGUGUAGGGAUCCUUGCAGUUGUUUUCCAACAGAAAGAUGACUCUAGUCAGAGCUCUCCUUGAUAAGGAAGUGUUUUAUACAUACUAGAUGUUACAGAGGAGGAUACUGUGGUGCAUUGCCUCCUUUAGUGAGCUUUAAAAAUGUCUUACACAUUGGGGAUGGUUUCUAGGUGCUGCUGCGAAGGAGGUUGUUGAAUUAGUGUCACAAAAGUAGACCCUGGACCUAGAGGGGAGUUGAGAUGUCUUCAUUUGCACUAGGGAAAGAGAGUUGGAAGCACUGAGUUUCAGAGCCCUUUGACCUGUCUUCUACCCUCUCUACCAUCAAGAAGCCACUAUUGCAAUUUUUAACAUUCUCAGUGUAGUUAUAGAAAAGAAAUCUCAGGAUGUAGACACUUCUCUCAACAGCCAGCUAGUUCAAUAUCCUCUUUGCCUCUCUGUCAGCUAUGAUAUUUCUUUAACAGACUGGUAGAUUUUAUAGCUGUUGGCCCCUUACAUGGGUCACAGAAGGUAUAUAAUUGCUUCUCCUGGUGGCUUCCAUCUGUUCUCUCUAAAUACUGAGUGGAAUAGAGCUCAGUAUUUUAAAGGAGCUUUAAAGGGCUUUGAUCAGCCAGCCCCCUCAAGGAAAAAAUGCCAUCCAAAAUUGGCCUGUUGAUCUCUAAAUUUGGAGGCUAGACCACUUGACGAUGGCCAUUUAAAUUUGGAAGUUAGACUCUUAAAGGUCAGUGAGUGAGGCUUAAGGAUAUAAGCCACAGCUGCUACUAGAUACUCUUACCAUAACUGGUUUAUUAAAACGCACUGAAACAGAAAUAAAUCCCCGGAGUGCUUAUCCACUUACGGUUGCAGUUUUGCGUUUCAAGGGGGAGUGUGCAUGCUCCAUCUUAAACACACAGCCUUGAUUGCCUAUUUUGUAGGCGGCCCAAGCUCCAGGGGCGUGCGUCAUCGCUGCAGUAGCAGAUCACCAGGUCCUUUGCACACCACACUAAAAUAAAGUAUCUGUACCAGUUAGGAUUGCCCUGACAUAAUGGGAUAAGAAUUUAGGUUAAUUCUUAAAUGGCAGUGAUUUAUUUUCUAUGAGAACUCCCCUAUCCCUGGCCGCCUUAUAUGUUCUAAAAUUGAAGAAGUCCAUGCUCUUUAGGACAUGUAAUAUAAAAUUCUUACCUGUGCUAGGCCUCCCUGUAACAUGCACAUAGUAGAUACUAAAGAAAUGUGCUGUAAACUAAAUGAACUGGUCCCCUCAAUAAUUUUUUAUGGCCUUGUUUACUCAUAGGGAUAACAUAUUUUUUCAUCCAUCUUUUGAGAAUGAUUUCCUAAUUCCUCUUUCACAGUAGUGUAAAAUUUACUAUUUUGUUUUUCAUUGUGCAGUUUUCCCCUGCAGUGUGCUGGUCUCUCAGUGCUGUUCUUUAUAUCCAAUAGAGCCUUUCUUCAAGCCUCUUUUUCCCUGGGGCAUAGAGGAUAGACCAUUAUACCAAGAAUCAGAAGAAUAGGUUCUACCCCCACUUAAUCUGUCUAGGACAUCAGUUGCCCCUAUCUGUAAAGCAGAGAUUGUAAUACUUUCCCUGUCAGCCUCUCAGAAAUGUGGGGAGAGUUAAAGAAGAUAAUAAUGGAUGGGAAAUUGUAAGUUCUCUUCAAAUGAAAAUACCCAUGACUCUAUUACUGUUGCAUAUUGAACCUGAACUCCCAGCACCCUUGCCAGCAUUUUGAGUACCAUAGCGUCUCCCCAGGGAGAACCAAGUGGCAGAUGAAAAUUUCAGUUCGAGCUAAUUUGAGUAUAGCCAAGUGCAAGUGGAAGACAUCCCUUUUCUAUAAUAAGCAUUUGUCAUAUGGAAAGCUUGAUAUCUGGAUUUUAGCCUUUUAAGCUCUGUUGACCUGUGGUUGCUCUUGUUUAACAGAUUACUGCUAAUAAUAGCUACCAUUAUUGAGUGUGUAGUAUGGACUGGAUUCCAGGGCAAGCACCUUACAAGAAUCAUCUCACUGACUAGAACCAAACUCCUGUUUUGUCCCCUUCCAGGAGACCCUGUGGGGACAGACAGCCUCCCACUCCUAUGCUGCACACCCACAGACCACACUAAUCAUCAGUCAGCUGUUACUUCUUUUAAGUCUGCUUUUGGGGAGUGGUGUUAGGGAAGAGGCUUUCUUGAUUUUUUUGGAAAACAGAGGUAUAAGAGGGUACAUGGAAGAAAACCAUAAAAAAAAUGUUUACUGAGAAGAAAGCAAUUGCAUGUGCUCGUUUUUACUUACUUUUCGAACUUCUCAAAAAGCUCAGAAAGAGUCUCAUACCCAUUAGAUUAACCAUCUCUGCAAAAAUAACCAACCGAAUAAUUAAAGCCACUCCAUCCCAGUUGGUUCGGUCUUAGAGGGCACAAACUUCUAACAUCUCUUCCUCAGCUUAGUAAUUUGAUACACUUACUGCCCCUUUGAGUUUGUUUCACCUUUAUUGAACUCCCAGGGGGUGGUGGCACUCUUACAGUGGACAGAAAGAGAGCUGGCUCUGGUAGAAAGCCAGAAGAAGAGGAGGAAGGGUGUGAAAGUAGAAAUGUCAGGGCCCCCACCUGUGGUUCAGCUCUAUGCUUCUCUUGUUCCUGUGCUGAACUGGCAACACCCUUCAUCCUUGGGCCAUUUACAGACUACCUAGGAGGACCAGGGACUUCCGGUUCUUCUGUUAAACUAGAAACUGCUAUUUGUAAGCCUACUCAACUAUGGACUAUGCCUGGAUGAAUCUUUUUUUUUUUUUUUAAUUUUAUUUAUUUAUUUUUAUAUUUAUGGCUGUGUUGCGUCUUCGUUUCUGUGCGAGGGCUUUCUCCAGUUGCAGCAAGUGGGGGCCACUUCAUCGCGGUGCACGGGCCUCUCACUAUCGUGGCCUCUCUUGUUGCGGAGCACAGGCUCCAGACGCACAGGCUCAGUAAUUAUGGCUCACGGGCCCAGUUGCUCCGUGGCAUGUGGGAUCUUCCCAGACCAGGGCUCGAACCCGUGUCCCCUGCAUUGGCAGGCAGAUUCUCAACCACUGCGCCACCAGGGAAGCCCUACCUGGAUGAAUCUUAUGGCCCCUGAAAGGUACUUGUGUUCCCUCCAUUAAAGAAAAUUGUUGUAAGUUGGACUUUGCCAAUUUGGUCACUUGCAAUUAUUAGGUGGUCUAGUGGCCUUCAGUAGGUAGGGGUUGGAUGAGGGCUGUACGUCUCCUCCCCACCAACCUUACCAGGUGGUAUAUUACACUGAAAUCAGAUUUUAAGCCAGUGUCUGCAUCAUUCAUCUUUAUAAACACUCAGGCACCAGAACAGACAUCCUGUACUAGUCAACCUGUCAUGUAAGCUUGAAAGAGUCCCCACUCCAUUCUUUUGGAGAACCCAAUGAUAUCUUAUGUAAAAGGGUUAUUAGAAAUGAAUCCAAUAAUGUUACAGCAGAUUUGGUGUCAGGCAGCCUGAUUUCUGUUCAACUUCUAGACAUAGAACAGGUUAGUAAUCUAGGAAUCUUAGGGCUAGUGGGCUUGCUAGAACUUUAUGCCCUCUUCGUGAAAGGGAUGGAGUGCCCUAUGGUAUUUGGGCCAAUCCACAUACAUUUAACACUACUAACUUGACCACUGAAAAAAAUCACUUAUUAACAAAGUCUCUGGCGCUGAGUUCUUGUGGUAGUAGCCUCUGAAGUGACUUGAGUUUUUCAAAUGCUAACUAACAACUUUUGGAGGGUGUAUUCCCAACUAGGAAACUUUAAAUGUUAACUAAACACUCCUAGAGUGUAUUUUAAGACCAAUUAACAUGUGCCAAAAUAAUUCAAAUUACAUUCAACAUAACAAUUUCUUAAGGAUUCCUUGUGUUAUCACACCUUCACAGUGGGGUGAGGUAUAUUCACUGCUCUAAUGUCAACCACCUGCUGGCAUUUCACCUUAAUAGUGACAGCCUUUUCCUUGUUAGAGGUGUGUGUGUGUAUGCAUCAGAGAGAGAGAAAGACAGGCAGAGGGGAGAGAAGCUGACUUAAAAUUCACAGUUGAAAAACAUUUUGGAGUUCACACAUACAACAGAACCCUCACAUCUACAAACAUCUCACUAUUUCAGGCCCAUUUUAUUAACUUUGCUUUUGAAUUAUCUCUGCUUUUGAAUUAUCUCUGUAAAAAGGUUAGAGGUAGGAACAGAGGCCAUAUUUACCUUGACAGUGGAAAUAUAUAAAAUAUUAGGUUUAUUUCUACUGUAUUUCCACUUAUUAGGUUAGUUAUUCUCUACUCACGUUUGUUUGACUGUGGAAGUUUGGAGCUGAGUAGACGAGAAUAAAAGAGAAUGUCAAAAAUUCAGAUGACACUAAACAUCUUUUUAUCAAACAUUAUCAAUUGAGACCAUGAUGUGGAAGUUCCUUCUAUAUCUCAGGGAGAAGGGAAACCACCACUGACAAAUAAAAGGAUUCUCCAUUCCAUUGGUUGGGAAUAAAUCACUUCCAUUGGUCCAUUCCCCAGAAUAGUCAGUGUUUGGGGGCUAAAGCCAUGAUAUAUAUCAAAUUACAUACCUACCUACCUCCCUACACCAAAAAGCUCUAGUUAUAUGCAGUAUCUGGUACCUCUAGCUGUGAGGUAUAGGGAUAAAUGCGUGAGUUUCAGGGGAACAGAUGUUGUGAAUAUUUAUGGAAAAAAGCAGCAUCUCCGUGAGUUAAAGGUUGGCAGGGCCCUGUCCUCUAAGUGCUCCCAUUCUAGAGCUGUGUUGUUUACAGUUGCCACUUGCACAUGAUUUACAUGGCAUGUCCUUUGGACCCAAGGAGAUAGACUAAUGGACUUGAAGUUAUUAUUAGAUUACAACUGCCAUCCCAAACAAUCUUCAAUAAACAAAAACCAGCUUCCUGAGAUGUUUCAGUGUUUUACUCCAUCUAGAGGCAGGAGACUGAACAGUUCCCUUCUUGAGGUUUUUUCCCAGCCUUACCAUUUAAAGAUUUUAUGAUCAGGUUCCCUGUGGCCCAGCAGGACACUUGGUAUCAUGGCCUAGACCGGUUGUAUUUAUUAUCAUGGCACAGGACUGAACUGUAAAGUCGAUUAGAGGAGGCCUCGAGGGAAAGCCCCCCUGGGAAUCCAGAACAUCAGAUUGGCUACACUGGCUUAGAACUGUGGCCUAUCCUGCUACAAAUAUGUCUGACACCCAUGAAGAAAUGUUUUAUGUGUCUCCUCCAGAGGUUAGGAAUGAACUUCAAACAUUCGUUAUGUCCCUUAAUAACUCACAAUGGGUCUAUAAAGCCCAGGGUUCCACUGAUUCUCAAAUGCAUGGGCAUCACUAUUUAGGUUUUCAUUAUUCUUGCCAAUAAUGACCAGCUUUUUUUUUUUUUUUAAUCCACCCUAACACAUUGAUCAGGCUAAGUUAAUUUCUUCUCACAAGUCAUUUUGAUGGCUCCACGUCCAUCAUAUUUUAACUACAGGCAGCAGUAUUUUGUCCUAAAUGCAUUGGUUUGCAUUUACCCACACUGUGGCUCAUUAAUGCCUCUUUUUUCACAUGGUUUCAUGAGAACUUAUUGCUGUAUUCCCUUCAACUGAACAUUUCAAUACCCAGAAGAGCAUUUGUCAUCUUAGGUUUCACUGUGUACUUGAAAUUCCACGUCCUUUGUAAAAAAAUGUUAAGUAGGUGGUGUUGCUACUGAAUCCCUGGAUUAUUCCACUUGUCUAUCCAGAAAAGUUCCUGUUUAUCCUCUACCUUCUUUUUCUAUUCCUGAGCCGAAGCUUAAGACAUAACAUCUGCUCCAGCCUAUUCAUUUUCCAUGUGGUCUUAACCUCUUAACUUCCUUACUUCUCAGUUUCAUCCCUGUAAGUUAGUACUCUCCGCCUCACAGAGGUUUUAUAGAGGGGGAAAAAUAAGAUGUUUAAGGGUUGUCUUCAAGAGAGCUCCUACUUUUAAAGUGAUUUUAUAAAAGCCCCUUGGCUUAGAAAUGAGAAACUCUAUAGCUAUUAUUUUUUCCUAUCCUUGUUUUGCUGUUUUUAUUUCUGGAAAGUGAUCUCUGUCUGAAUAGAGUCUGUACCCUGGUUUUAACUUUCUUCCCAUUACCCCCUUUCACACUGAAAUUGUCCUCUCUACCUUGUCCAUCCUCUGAACUUUUUACCUACAGAGCCAAAACUAGUUAUCCCACAACAAAUCCCACAUGCUCUUACUUCCAUGAUUGAAUAAAUUAAUGUCCUCCAGAAAGAGGCAUCUGGCUCUGGACAUAAGAGGUCAGAAGGUAAAUGAGGUCUCACUCUGGCACUGGCAAGAUCUCACCAUGGUGCCUUGGUUCUCCCUGUAUAAACUAAGGUUAAUUCUGCUAUUUCACAGCACCUGGGUGUUAUGAGUCUUGACAAAAAAAAAAAUGAUGAAAAGUAUUUUUCAAAUGUCCUGUACUAUAUAAAUGCGUAGUGAAUAAUCUGGAGAGUCCUCAGGUAGAAAUGUGUUCUUGUGUAGCUCAAUUCAGAUUACUAAUCCACCCAUUGUUUUCAAAAGAAAUGUUUUACUAACCUGUUCUUUUUCUUUUUAAAGUGAAAAUUAGUUUCUAAUCAUUUGAACUAUUUUAAUUUUUCCGUAUGGGAAGAGAUCAAUAGUAUACAGAAAAUACCCAAAUUGUAUUUUAAGUGUUAAAACUGAAAGGGUUUCAUAACAAUGUAGUGGGAUAAGGAGGAAGAUUCUAGCUCAAAUGUGGCAAGAAAUAGAAAUACUAAGAUUAGCUUUGAUUCUGAGAUUGUAUUAUAAAUAGAUGUUAAUGUGGUUGUUUUUAGAUACUCUUUAUUUUUAAGUUACCAGAAAUUGUCUUUUAUUUUUGAAGUUUUGAACUAUGUGGUUCUUGACAUGUUUUGAAUAAAGCUUUUAUCAACUAAA